CACUUCCUCGAGCUCGAUUCUGAAUUUUCAGUUCACAGUGCCAACACUUCUUGCCGGAUUUGUAGGUCCUGAUACUGCAACAGGCAGGAGGACUUCCCUUCAGUUAUCCCUUGCAUCCAGCAUAUUUUACCACGAAGCCGUUGGCUUGAUCCCUUCCACAUUUCUGCUCUUAUCGACACUUCAGAAAAUGCGCCUUUCUUCCUCUCUUUCACCUCAUCUUCAGAGCUCUCUCUGUCUACCCCACGUGCGAACUGGUUAAAACAUUAACCUACUUGCCCCACACCGACCCAGAGACAACCAAAGCAAACGGCCAAAAAGAGAGAGAGAGAGGCACGAUGACACAGAAAGUCCUCCGAGUCGGUAUUAUCACUGCAGACGAAGGCGCCCAGGCCAUCCAGGAGAUAUACCUUCCAGUCCUCACUGCUCUCACCAGCAACUACGAAGUAGCAGUCAUCCAUAACGCUUCAAAGAAAACCAAGCAGACCACAACCAGCGCCAGAAACAGUUACAGUAAUGGCCACCACACGUAUGACACAGCCAAGGCCAACGGCCAUGAAGGUCAAACCAACAACAUCCCGCGUGCAUCUUCCGUGGAGGAGGUCAUCUCCGACCCAACCAUCGAGCUGAUCCUCAACUUCAUGCCCAACGAAUACCACGAGGUCUACACCGUCGCAGCCUUGAACGCCGGCAAGCACGUCAUGGUCGAGACUCCCGUAAGCCUGAGUAUCCAAAGCGCGAGACGCAUAAUCGACGCCGAGAAGCGCGCUCCCAAGGGUGCCAAGGUGUUCGUGGCAUGUGCGCGCCGCUACGCCCCCUGCAUCGAGGAGGUCUUCACGAAGGAGGUCGCGUCCCUGGACCGCAUCUAUUACGCUCGUUGCCGCAACAUCGCGGGCCCCAGCCUGGCGCAUACGGCUACCGCACCGCGGAAGAAGGUCUGGAGUGCCUUGACCGGUGCAAUGUAUGGGUUUGCAUCCCAGAAGAAUAAUAAGCAGGAUGACGGUCCGCAGCUCAUGGACGGAUUACUGCAAGAGAUGUUCUCGGGCGAGGAACUGACCAAAGAACGCAUCGCGCUCUGUAAGUUUCUCGCAUCCCUCGGCUGCCAUGACCUGGGCUUGAUGCGUGACACGCUUGGGUUUCCAGAUGCUAUCUCCAAUAUCUCUGUGAACGAGCCUUACUAUUCCGCCUUGUUUCACUACUACAGUGGCCGGAGGGGCGAGCACCCAUUCACCCUGAUGUAUGAGACCGGUACGGAUGCCGUGCCGCGCUGUGAUGCACACCUAGCAAUCUAUGGUGAUACCAAGACGGUCAGCAUUCAAUAUGGUCUGCCGUACGCCCGUGACGAGCCCGUGAAGGUUGUGGUAGAAACGGCGGAUGAGAAUGGGGAGAUGAAGAGGACUGAAUCCGUGAGCGGGUGUGAGGAAACCUACAAGGGAGAACUCAAGGCACUGCAUGCCUACUUGACUGAGGAUCAGAUGGCCAAGACGACUGCCCGCGAUGGGCUUCAGGACCUCAAGCUGUUCUACCAGAUCUUCGAGCAGUACGAUCGGCAGUGCGGCACCAUCCGAACUCCUCUUGGCUAAGUAGUGUGGUCCUCAUCUGAACGAACGAUGAUGCUUCAACAGCUUUGCUUCGCUUUGAAAUUGACGAAAAGAUGUACUGUAUUUCUGAGUCGUACGUGCUUUCAGGCUGACGACGUUCGGGGGUGGUUACUAUUUUAGCAGGAAGAGAAUGGCCUCAAAUGUGAGGAAUAAUUUGCAUAUUUGAAUUUGCUUCGAAGGCGAAAAGGGGGAGUUGUAUCAGAACAGCAGAUUGUUCGAAUUUCUAUUUACAUGCUCCCAUGAUGGAAUCAAAAGACUUC